AUGGGGCGUGCUACGUGUUGGUUGGUCGCAGAAAGACUGGCGGUGGACGGACGAACGAGCGAAGUAGAAGUCAGCAGGCUGGGAGGUCGGCUGAGCGAGGUGGUGGGUCCCGUCGUGGAGGAGGCCAUCGAGCCAGGGGAUGCCACCCCGUUGACGGGACCCUCGAGGGAGUCCUCGGUUCCCCGAGCCCCCCCGCCACCCCCACAUCGCGUCACCACAUUGAAACCACCGAGACCUCCGCCCACUACGUCUCAGCAAACGCAGGAUCCGGGUCAUCAGACCCAGGAGGCGAACUCGGAACCCGCUCAGAAUCCGGGUCAUCAGGCCCAGAAUCCUGGACAACAGAAUCCGGAACACCAGGAAUCUCAGAACCCGGAUCGCUCGAGCCAGAAUCCAGGCCACUCGGCCCAGAACCCGGCCCAUAAUCACAAUCCUGCCCAACAGACCCAGAGAACAGCAGAGCAACCGGGUCAGAACCCAGGUCACCAGGCUCACAAUCCUGGCCAUCAGGGUCAAAACCCGGCCAACCCGAGUCAGAACCCAGGUCAUCACCCCAAAACGUGA